AUGGCGGAUAUGCAGGAUAUAAUGUUGGUGGGCUUGGAGGGAAUCAAAAAGACCAUCCUGCAUGGAGGCACCGGAGACAUCCCAAAAUUCAUCACUGGGGCAAAGGUGACGUUCCACUUCCGCACCCAGUUGUGCGAUGAUGAACGCACAGUGAUAGACGACAGCAAAGUGGUGGGGACGCCCAUGGAGAUAGUGAUCGGCAACAUGUUUAAACUGGACAUCUGGGAGACCCUGUUGUCUUCCAUGAGGAUUGGGGAGGUGGCUGAAUUCUGGUGUGACAUCAUUCACACCGGCGUUUAUCCACUUGUGGCCAAGAGUAUGAGGCGCAUUGCAGAGGGCAAAGACCCAGUGGACUGGCACAUCCAUACGUGUGGUAUGGCCAACAUGUUCGCCUACCACAGCCUUGGCUACGACGACCUGGAUGAGCUGAUGAAGGAACCAAAACCCCUCUACUUUGUCCUGGAGCUGAUCCGGGUGCAGCAGCCUAGUGAGUAUAACAGGGAGACGUGGGCUAUGAGCGAUGAGGAGAGGCUGAAGGUGGUCCCCGUGCUGCACGGCCAGGGCAACAAGCUCUACAAACAAGGACACUACCAGGAGGCCACACAAAAGUACAAGGAGGCCAUCAUCUGCAUCAAGAACGUUCAGACGAAGGAAAAAGCAUGGGAGGUCCCGUGGCUGAAGCUGGAGAAGAUGGGCAACACUUUAACGCUCAACUACUGCCAGUGUCUACUCCGCAUGGAAGAAUACUACGAGGCCAUCGAGCACACCAGCGACAUCAUCAACCAGCACCCAGGUGAUUUUAAGGCCUACUACCUGCGAGGGAAGGCCCACGCGGAAGUGUGGAAUGAGGCCGAGGCUCGGCAGGACUUCAGCAGGGUGCUGGACCUGGACCCCGGCAUGAAGAAGGCCGUCAAGAGGGAGCUGGCUGUGCUGAACAUGCGCAUGGAGGAGAAGAACCAGGAGGACAGGAACAAGUACAAAGGCAUGUUUUGA